AUGUCGCGGCUCCGCGCCGCGUGGCAGGGGCUGGGGGAGAAGGCAGGGCAGCUGCGACAGUUGGGAAAGCGGAGGAAGCUGGGGAUCAGCGGAGCACUACAUCCCGCGGAGUCCCGACAGAAAGGCCCUCAUGGAGGACGGGCUCGCUCUGAAGGCGGCUCAGGGAGGCAGGAGCCGGGCACGCCAAGGUCAAAAAUCUGCAGCUUCAAAGAGGGGCUGGGGGUGUGUGCCGCGUUUUAUUUGGCUGAUUUCUUCCUACAGUGGGAAAGCGGAGGAAGCUGGGGAUCAGCGGAGCACUACAUCCCGCGGAGUCCCGACAGAAAGGCCCUCAUGGAGGACGGGCUCGCUCUGAAGGCGGCUCAGGGAGGCAGGAGCCGGGCACGCCAAGAACCUGCCUUCGGGGAAGUGAACCAGCUCGGGGGGGUGUUUGUCAACGGGAGACCCCUGCCCAAUGCCAUCAGGCUGCGGAUUGUGGAACUGGCGCAACUGGGUAUCAGGCCGUGUGACAUCAGCCGGCAGCUCCGCGUUUCCCACGGCUGUGUCAGCAAAAUCCUGGCUCGCUACAACGAGACCGGCUCCAUCCUACCGGGGGCUAUCGGAGGCAGCAAGCCUCGGGUCACCACCCCGACGGUGGUAAAACAUAUCCGGACCUACAAACAAAGGGACCCGGGCAUCUUCGCCUGGGAGAUCCGGGAUCGCCUGCUGGCCGAUGGCGUGUGCGACAAGUACAACGUGCCGUCGGUCAGCUCCAUCAGCCGCAUCCUCCGGAACAAAAUCGGGAACCUGUCUCAGCAGAGUCACUACGAGUCCUACAAGCAGCACCAGCCGCCCCCACAGCCUGCUCUGCCCUACAACCACAUCUACUCCUACCCCAGCCCCAUCGCUGCUGCAGGAGCCAAGGUGCCCACCCCUCCCGGGGUGCCAGCGAUCCCCGGCACCAUGGCCAUGCCCAGGACGUGGCCGUCCUCCCACUCGGUGACGGACAUCCUGGGGAUCCGCUCUAUCACAGACCAAGCAGUGAGCGACACCUCGCCUUACCCCAGCCCCAAGGUGGAGGAAUGGAGCAGCCUGGGCCGAAACAGCUUUCCCCCCCCGGCCCAGCACGCCGUGAACGGGCUGGAGAAGAGCUCCCUGGAGCAGGAGGCCAAGUACAGCCAGGCACCCAACGGCCUCCCAGCUGUCAGCAGUUUCGUGUCAGCGCCAGCCAUGCCUCCCUACGCCACACCAGCCCAAGUGUCACCUUACAUGACGUACAGUGCCGCCCCAUCAGGCUACAUGGCCAGCCACGGCUGGCAGCAUGCUGGAGGCACCCCGCUGUCCCCUCACAGCUGCGACAUCCCCGCCUCGCUGGCGUUCAAGGGCAUGCAGACGGCCAGGGAGGGCAGCCACUCGGUCACGGCCUCCGCGCUCUGA